CGAUUAUCUCGUCGUGCAUCUUUUUUCGUCCCUUUUCCAUCUCUCAUCAAUUCCCAUCCACCAACGGACGGACGCCUUUCUCACCUUUGCUAUUUUCCUGUUUUGUCGUUGACCUGUUUCUAUUUCCAUUUUUUUUUUUUCAUAUUCUGCCUCUCUGGCCGCAUAUACGCAUUUUGUUUUCAUUAGUUCCUUUUUUUCUUUUCUGUCUUUACAAGUCAUAUUCAAGGUAUUUCACUCGUUUCUGGGCUGGCUCUCACUUUCAUUUCAAUAAGCUGUCCCACCUACUACGACUAAACGUGAGAGGAACUUUAUAUUUACUCGACUCAGCAUAACUGCAUACCUACUUGGAAUUUCCCGUCAUUUUUCUUCCUCUUUUCCUUUAUUCAAACAACCACAUCCUUCAUGGAUUGCAUGACACGACUUUAAUCACUCAGACAUGUUCCUCACGAGGGCCCUCGCGGCCACUCUGGCAGCUGUCGCGCUCCUCACUCAGUCUGGCACUGCACACUCGACGGAUAGACAACCACUACGAUAUGUCAGCAGACUAGAGGAGCCCGUCAUCCAUACGGAUGCCAACUCGAGACGGGUACAUGCCUUCUCAUCCUUUGAGCUGUCCUUCCUUAUUCAUAAUGGGCGACAAAAGGUCAGGCUUUCGCUUGCCCCGAAUCACGAUAUCAUUUCCAAGGAUGCUGUGGUACAUAUCAUGGGCCCGGACGGCAAGGUGCGCGCCAUAGAACCUCUUGAUCGCAUGGAGCACAAAAUCUAUCAGGGCCAAGCCUUUGUAUUGCGAGAAGGACACAACGAUUGGGAGAACGUCGGCUGGGCCAGGGUCAACAUACGGAGGGAUGGUGUUCACCCCAUAUUCGAAGGCGCUUUCAGGAUCGACGGCGACGACCACCAUAUACAGACCGACGAAACCUACCGAAAGACGAAGCAGCGCGCCGAUCCAGAGAUCGAGUGGUCACCUGAGGAGUACAUGAUUGUUUGGAGGGACUCGGAUAUCGGAGCCAGCCCUCACGUACAUGAUGGAGACGAUGGCCCGAGCCAAGGUGAACUGAGGAAGCGGGACCUGUCUGAUAGGUCGCCGCUAUGCUCUUCCGAUGGUCUUGACUUCAACGCCGACGACGCGCAUCCGAUAUAUCGCGGACUUGACACUAGAGAUCUGGACUCUGGCAUGAGCGUCAACGGGCUGCCUCGCACGCUGAUGCGCCGUCAGGACCAGACACAGAUGGGCAACGGUGCGGGUGUCAACCUGGCCUCGACCGUUGGCUCUACCGCCGGCUGUCCCACGACCAGGAAGGUUGCUUUACUCGGCGUUGCGACUGAUUGUACUUAUGGCAAGCUGUUCAACUCAUCUAUGGCAAUCCGGCAAAAUAUUAUCGCACAAAUCAACACGGCAUCGCAAGUGUACGAGAGCAGCUUUAACAUCUCCCUAGGCAUACAAAAUCUUACAAUCAGCGACACCAACUGUCCGGCUCAGGCCACAGAGCAGGCCCCUUGGAAUGUGGAUUGCGGCGGUGGGGUUAACAUCACCGAUAGGCUGAAUCUAUUCUCCGCUUGGAGAGGUAAUUUCAAGGAUAGGAACGCCUUCUGGACCCUCUUGACAACAUGCAACACUGAUGCCGCUGUUGGUUUGGCUUGGCUGGGACAGCUCUGCGUCGAGGGCUCGGUUAAGUCAGGUAGCGGAAACACAAACGAAACGAUCGCCGGUGCCAAUGUCGUCGUGAAGACGUCCCAGGAGUGGCAAGUCAUUGCUCACGAGAUCGGUCAUACCUUCGGUGCUGUCCAUGACUGUCAAUCUGGCACAUGUUCUGACGGCACGGUGACCAAGCAACAGUGCUGCCCACUGAGCAGUAGCUCGUGCGAUGCCAAGGGACAGUUCAUCAUGAACCCCUCGACGGGGAGCAAGAUAACCAACUUCUCCCCAUGUACCAUUGGUAAUAUUUGCUCCGCCAUAGGUCGCAACAGUGUCCGAUCGAGCUGCCUGGCUAGCAACAAAGAUGUCACGACCAUCACAGGCAGUCAAUGCGGCAACGGCAUCGUCGAGGCUGGCGAGGAAUGCGACUGCGGAGGCACAGGUGGCUGCAAGGACAACCCUUGUUGCGAUGCCAAAACUUGCAAAUUCACCUCGGGAUCGACCUGCGACUUUGCCAACGAGGAGUGCUGUAACCGCCAGUGCCAGUUUGCAAGUGCGGGUACCGUAUGCCGUGCCAGUAUCGGAUCUUGCGAUCCUGCUGAGACGUGCAGCGGUACCUCGGGCGUAUGCCCAACCAACGUGUUUGCUCCAAAUGGUCAGGCUUGCGGAAAUUCAAGUGAGAACCUAGCCUGUGCUUCGGGCCAGUGUACUUCACGUAACCAACAGUGCAAGACACUGAUGGGAUCCCUCACUACGGGCAACGAUACUUAUGCAUGCAGUAACUCGGGAUGUCAGCUUAGCUGCGCAUCUCCAGAGUUUGGCAAAGAUACCUGCUUCACAAUGAUGCAGAACUUCCUUGAUGGCACAGCCUGCCAAGGUGGCGACAAGUGCAGCAACGGAGCUUGCACGGGUUCCUCCUUUGCUGGUGAAGUCGGCACGUGGCUGACCGACAACAAAAACAUUGUUCUUCCAGUUGCCUGUGCUGUCGGAGGCUUGGUGCUUUUGGCGCUACUUUGUUGUUGCUGGACGGCUUUUGCUCGCAGAAAGUCGAGGCGACUCCGUAAGCAAAGGAAGAAGGCGGCAGCGGCUGCACUAGCAGCAAAGGCCCAAAAGCAAGCCAUGGUCUCGGUCAACGAGGUGCCCCUACCUGGAUACCAACCCCCAGGGGGUGCUUAUGCGCAGAACCAGCGCACCAUGAAUGGCAAUAUACGAGCACCACCCGCUGCUGCCACCCGAGACAACAGCCCGCAUAAUAAUGGGCAAUGGCAGCCGCCUCAACGGCAGUAUACUAGCGCUAGGUAUGCCUAGUGACGCUGUAGGAGGUGGAGGUGUAAUAGUGUUGGGAAGAUGAAGACUGACUUGGCCUGCCAAGUCUGUGUGUUUUGCAUCCAUGAUAGCAUUGGGACCGGCGUUUCUACUAACUACCCCGUUGUUUUCUUUUUUUUUUCGGGAAUCUAACCACCAAACGUGAGGAGAAUGACUCUUACUACGUUUUUAUUCUCAUUUUAUUUUCUCUUGCGAGCAUGGCAAGCGGUCUGCGAUAUCCUGGUGGUAUAUAUACGCGGUUUUCUAUCCUCAGAUGUGUUUUUUUUUUUAGUUUUACCUUGGUCAUUAUUACCGCCGAGGUCGUCCAUUCAAGUCCUGUACAAUAAAUACCCUCGUAUUAGGCAAAAAAAAAAAAGAAGAAAAAAAACAGGACUUAUGAAAGAGCAUCGUUACUUCA